UCAGCUUUAUCACGUUUUUGAUAACGUUAUUCCCUGGUUCUCUCUCAACGCCUCGACGCUCUUGGAUACGAAAGAAAACUACGGCACGGCAGUCACUUCCGAAAAAGUUUUCAUCUCUUUGAAAAUAAUAUCUAUAACAAUUAUUCUCUACCUUGCACUCAUUUUUUUGUUAUUGAUACAAAAUAAGUGUUGGGGGGAAAAAAAGGAAAAAAAAAUCAGAACUGUAUUACAAACAUGGAUAUUGACAAAAUAUUGUGUCCAAUAUGUGCAAAGGAAUUUGCUUCCUCCAUUAUCGAGUCUCAUGCUAGCAAGUGCUUAUUCCUGAAUGAACCCACCAAAGAUGAAAACACAAUGGUUAAAGACUCCAGUCCCAUGAGCAAAAGGGGCAAACUAAAAUCAUCAUGUGUGAAAAAAACUAAUCAAGUAUCUGUUAAGAGAAAGAGCUCGUUGGAUCAGUUUCCUUUGCAAAGUUGUAGGAAUGAACCAGAUGUUAUAGAUGUCGUGCCACAGAAAAGUACAGAAAAUAAAUGUAAAAAGUUACGUGGAAACGACCAUGUACCUCUUGCAGAACAAAUGAGACCUACCUCACUACUAAACUUUGUAGGCCAGAAGCAUAUCCUUGGACCUCGCACCAUGCUCUCUGAACUUUUGCAAAAAGGCAAAAUACCUAACAUGAUUCUUUGGGGUCCACCUGGAUGUGGCAAAACAUCUUUGGCUAAUGUCAUAGCGCACAUGUGCAAAAAUGAUACAGAUCGUAACUUACGAUAUGUUAAGCUAUCCGCUGCGAUGGCUGGAGUCCAGGAUGUAAAGGAAGUCAUUGGUGUCGCCAGUAAUCAUGCCAAAUAUGCGCAGCGUACGAUAGUGUUCAUGGACGAGAUACAUAGAUUUAACAAGACGCAGCAAGACGUAUUCUUGCCACAUGUCGAAUCGGGAACCAUUACUCUUGUCGGAGCCACAACGGAAAAUCCCUCAUUUAGCUUAAAUUCCGCAUUGUUGAGCCGAUGUAGAGUAAUUGUUCUGCAUAAAUUAUCCAUCGUGAAUUUAAUAUCGAUUUUAAAGCGUGCAGUAAUUUCGCUGGGCGGUAUAAUACACACAUUGGAUAAAAGACAAAGUACUUUGCAAGAAGAGGAGAAUGGCAUAAUUGAUAUGGAAUCAUCCUGCAAUACAAAGUUCAUUAUAGACGAACCGACAAUAGAAUGGUUGGCUGGAACUUGCGACGGUGAUGCUCGAAUAGCAUUGGGGGGAUUAGAAAUGGCAGCACGAUCGAAAGUACCUAAGACCAAGGAGGAAUUGUUCAAUAUCGGCCCAGCUACAAUAACGCUGAAUGACGUCCAAGAGAGCCUGAAGAAAACACAUAUGCUAUACGACAAAACUGGUGAUCAACAUUACGAUAUGAUCUCCGCGUUACACAAGUCUGUCAGAGCCAGCGAUGAAAACGCUUCGAUUUACUGGUUAACUAGAAUGAUCUCCGGUGGUGAGGAUCCAGUUUAUAUCGCGCGAAGAUUAGUAAGGAUGGCUAGCGAAGAUAUUGGCUUAGCUGAUCCAAAAGCUCUUGGAAUAGCAGUACACACAAUGCAUGGUUGCAAAAUGAUCGGGAUGCCGGAAUGUGAUGUUCUUUUGGCACAAUGUACAACAUAUCUAGCAAGAGCACCAAAAUCUAGACUAAUGGAAGAUGCACUUAGAGCUGCGCAAAAAGUAGUAGCCGAGCAUAAGGGCCCGCAACCAGGAGUGCCCCUGCACUUGAGGAAUGCUCCUACAAGACUUAUGAAAGAUUUGGGAUACGGCAAGGGAUACAAUAUGAUGCACAAAGAUGAAUCUGGAUUAGGCUAUUUGCCAGGGGAAUUGGAAAAUUUAGAUUUCUUUGGAAAUGAUAAGGAUAAUACCUAGAAAUCUAUGGUAACUGCUUCAGUUUAGAUAUAUAUUUUGUUGCGAUAUCGUAUUAUUUUUUAUAACAAAAAGAUAUUUUUAUAUUUUAUAAAUUUUGUACCAAUAUCUAAGAUCUCUCAGGAAUUAAAAUUUUAAGCAUAAACAUAAAUAAUGUAAGAUAUAGCGCGCGUAUUGUAUAUUUGCCUCUGUGUAUAUACAUACAUACACAUGUAUAUAUGUAUAUGUGUAUAUUUUUUGAAAUAAUAUGCAAGAUGUAUAUAGUACUGUAAAAGUAUUAAAAUAAAUGUUUUUAGUGAUCACUUGCGUGACGAA